UCCAUCAUGUCAGAGACUCGACCAACCCCUGCCCAAGAUGAAACAUCCAAUACUGCAGAGUCUCCAGAGGUGGAGUGCCCAGUCUGCUAUCAGGAGUACGACCAGGAUUCUAAACUCCCGCGCAUGCUGGAAUGCCUUCAUGUUUUCUGCACGGAGUGUCUCAGAAAAAUCCAACUCACUCCGCUGCACCCUCCUGAUCCCUACAGUCCCCCCUCUAUCUCCUGUCCCCUGUGCCGCCACUCCACCCCACUACAGGGUGGUGACACACACUCUCUCCCCUGCAACUCACGGAUUCUCGCUCAACUCCCACCCGUAGCCUUCCGUCUGCCUGUGUCAAUGUCUGCCCGGUUGUCCACGGUGACCCAACGAUUUGUGCUGUCCAUGGGGGAGAGGGAUACCCGCUUUAUAAUCCUUCCCACAGUUAGUCUGAGAGUGGAGCAGAUGGGAGAAGGUACAGAAAUGGUAAACCCACCUGGAGUGCUGCAUCGAGAGAUGAAAGUUCUGAGGAGACAUAGAAAGACCCUGAUGUGUGUUCAGAUGCUGGCUGUCAUCUUCUGGAUUAUGUUUGUGCUGACUUGUGUGGUCGGGGUUGUGUUUGGGCCAAGUCUCUUUCAUAACUAA